GGGGGCUUCUCCUCAGCCUUAUCCUGCGCGCCGCCAUCACCGUCAUGCUAGGCGCCGCUGUCCGCCGCUGCUCGGUAGCAGCAGCCGCAGUCGCCCGGACCAGCCCUCGAGGCCUCCUGCACCCCACUCCGGCCCCCGGCCCCGCCGCCGCUAUCCAGUCAAUUCGCUGCUACUCCCAUGGGUCACAUGAGACAGAUGAGGAGUUUGAUGCUCGCUGGGUGACAUACUUCAAUAAGCCAGAUAUUGAUGCUUGGGAAUUGCGUAAAGGGAUGAACACCCUUGUUGGCUAUGACCUGGUUCCAGAACCCAAAAUCAUUGAUGCUGCUUUGCGGGCAUGCAGACGCUUAAAUGAUUUUGCUAGUGCAGUUCGCAUCCUAGAGGUUGUUAAGGACAAAGCAGGACCUCAUAAGGAAAUCUACCCCUAUGUCAUCCAGGAACUUAGACCAACUUUAAAUGAACUGGGAAUCUCCACUCCAGAGGAACUGGGCCUUGACAAAGUGUAAACCCCAUGGAUGGGCUUCCUAAGGAUUUAUUGAUAAUGCUACUUGAUUGUAAACAAUCACCUGGAAAUACUGAUGAAAACAUAUUACCUUAUUUGAACAAGUUUUCCUUUGUUGAGUACCAAACCAUGUAAUGUAACUUGGACUUUAAUAAAAGGGAAAUGAGUUUGAACUGAAAAAAAAAA